AUGAGCACAGAGGACACUGGCAAUGGGACCUCUCCUACCACGCCUCUCCUUGGGCUUCUGGUUUCAACCACUGAACUAGUCCCACCCAGCCCUGCAACCCCCAAGACAGCAGACCCGCUGCUUGUCAUUGUUGCACUUGUCUGCAUGUUCCUCCUCCUGGCGACCUUCCUCGUCUUUGUCACCCUCUGCAAGCCAGUGGCGCUGGACCAGUCCCGCUCUGGGCCCCGGGAGUGCAUGCCCCAUCACCCAGCCGAUGCCAGUGAGCCCCAGCUGAGGCUCUGGAAGCGGCUGGGCUCCCUGCGAUGCUCCGUCAGCACCUUCAGGAGGAGUCUGCCAGUGUCCCAGAGACACCUUGCCUGCCCCAAAAGCUCCCUCACCAGCCAGAACUGGGACAUCAUGGAGUCCACCAAAAUGUGA